AUGACGGAAGGUGACACCUCCGACCCCCACCUGGAGACUUUCAAGGAAAGUCAAGGAGAAGACAAGGCCGUAGCAGCCACUUGCCCAGCUUGGGUCUCUGGGGAGACAGCAUUGUGUAAACUAACAGACACGCACGACAAGGACUCUAAUUUCUCAAUCGCCUGCCACCACCACACAGCCAAUCCAAUAGCUAGUGCAUUACCCUCGGCAGUGUGGCCUGGAAGACACCGGCAGCCUGAGGGCAGUAGGGACAGAACUGACCAACAUGUAGCGUAG